GAAAUGCAGCCGCGAUGGACGGCAAGUUUCGCUUGCCUCGUCACGCUGACAAUUAUUCUGCUUGCUCCCUGCACCGCAAAGCAAGUUAAACUGUCAAAGUCCAAAGGCAAUCGGAAUUACAUCAUCAAAUGUUGCGGAAAGAGCUCCUGUGUCAAAUUGCCACCGAAAAAAAAUGAAUAACACCUUGAUGUCACCGACUACGGGCAAGUCUGCAACAUUUUCAACCGUAACAAGCUCGGAAUCUGUCAGAAACGGCAUCGCAGAUGGAAGUACGGACUCCUUGACGGUGACAGGAAGCAUGGAAAACGUGAAUUCCACAACUUCUGAUUCCCAGAAUUCCCAGACGCUAACAUCAACGGGUUUUUCGAGUGACCAAUCUUCUAGUGAAGGAGUUUCUUCAAACUUUGCUGCUUCUGAACAAUCCCUUAAAGACGCACAAACUAUAUCAACCACAUUUUACUCGGAUUCCACCAGCUCUGAUUCCUCCUCAGACUCAAUGAAUUCGCCAAUUUGGACGGAAUCAACCUCAGCCAAUUCAAUAACAGUCUCAACAAUCACCGACUCCAGGAACUCUCCUCCAGACACCACGAUUACAAUCCUGAAUGGUAUUACAACCACAAAACCAUCUGCUACAACUUCAACAACCACGAAACAAGGCGGAACUUCAAAACAGGCAACUACGAAGAUAACUGCGACACAAAGCCCUAUGAAAACAACCACCAAACCCUCUGGGACUGCUUCAACAACCAAGAAACAAACAGCUCAAACAACUAAGAAGAUAACUGCGACACAAACUGCUGUGAAAGUGACCACGAAACCACCCAUUUCCGUUUUAACAACUUUAAAAACAACCACAAAACAACGUGCAACUUCAACAGCUCAAAAGCUAACUACAAAACAGCAGGCUCUUACUUCAACAACUAAGAAGAUUACUACAACACAAACCACUACGAAGACAACCACAAAACCAGCCACUACUAAAAAGACUACAACAAGGAUUCCUCGGCCUUUCGUUCCUUUCAACUUUUCAACUAUACAAUGUGUAAAGAAUUCCUCUCUCUUUGAUAAAGAUGGAUAUCUCGAAGAUGCUCAAUAUUACGGAAGUUGGAGGGAAAUCUGCGGAGAACUGUAUUUAUUUGGAAAAUCCAUCGUCAUUUGGAGAGAAAAUGUAAGAAGAUGCUGCAGCAUUGGAAUGAAACCGAUCGCUUUCGAGACCAUCGAGCAGUUUAACUGCCUGGAUAGACUCGUCAAAGAGGAAGUAUGGCAGUACAACUACAACUAUUAGACGGCCGCUCGUCAAGUGUUGGUCAAUGACGUGUUUAAAUGGGCUUUUUACGAGACUGGAAGCCCCUACGCAAACCUCGACGCGAUGUGGGCCAGCGGCUUUCCAGAAAAUGCGACUUCUGGCAACUGCAUCCAUUUGUCCAUCCCGCGAAAGAUGAAUGUGACCGGGCUGACCAUCAAAAAUUGCGGUGAUACGUUUAUUUUUUCUUGCAAGGGUCCAACCACACCACCCCCGAAAUGCUUCAAACCGGUCUGUCCGGACAGUAGUUGCAUCAAAAAAGAAGCUUUGUAUGUAACCGCGCCGGAUAACAUAACCAAAUACCUUGAUAGACCAACGCAAUACGGAGUUUGGAAGAGCAAGAAUUAUCGGAUUUUCUUGUUCGGCAAUCAGAGCAAAACGUGGAAUGACGCGAAGGAAACCUGUUGCGCCAUCGGAAUGAAGCUUUUGAGUCUUGACGCAGAUUACAAAUACUCUACCCUUUCUCAGGUCAUAGCAGGAAAAGACAAUGCAACCUUAUCGGCGAAAUACUGGACAUCAGGCACGGACAACGGUUGUCCUGGAGCAUUCGGCUGGUGUGCCGAGAACAAACUGGUUAGAAAUGCAUUGUGGGCCCCUGGAGAGCCACGAGCUGGAAAUUACUGCGUAGUUGCAGACGUCAGAACCACCAACACCACUCUCAUGACUGCAGAUUGCACGCAAAGCUUGCGAUUUAUUUGUGAAACUAGGGACACGAGCAAUGCAACAAGUGCAGGAGAGACGAUUAAGGACGAGUGUGCCGCCAACUUCAACGUGUCAAUUGCUGAGCAAGAUAGAAUUUUCAACAGCACAUCUUUCAGUAGAAGGAUAAAAUGUUUCUUAAAAUGUGUCGGCGAGGCUGGAGGAUUGAUGGUCAACGGCCGAAUUGUGGACGGGCAACUGAUUAAAUUGGCUGAGAUCUUGUCUCAGAAUGAUAACGAGAAGCUGAUGGAAAAUCUGAAAGCGGUUGACGAGUGCUCCAAUAUUAGGGGCAUGAACGAGUGCGACAUGAUUGCCAGCGUGUUCCAAUGUGGACAGGAAAAAGCACCAGACUUGGUGGCAAACGUGAUUAAAACCGUGGAGCUCAACGACACGGCUGAGAAAACACCCCUUAAACCGAAAUUGGGCCAGUGUAUAACGGAUUAUGAAUGUGAAGUUGACCCAUACUGGAGGAACGCUUUUGUCACCAACAAUGGAAAUGCGGACGGCAAGGUUAUGGACAUUUGCGGCCAACGCUAUCUCUUGGGAAUGAAUAAAGCCUCAUAUCGGGAGGGUUCGUCUUGGUGUUGUUUAUACGGACUUAACCUCGUUUCCUUUCAAACGAAAAGGGAACUGGAAUGCGUUAUUAAUUCUUCUCUAGGAGGAUUGCAAAGACCAGCGAGUAUUUGGACUUCAGCGAGUAGGAAGGGAACAACUGACAUGGAAGGCUUUCGCUGGUGCACGUCUAGAGUGUUUUUUAACUACACAAUGUGGAAAUGGUACCCUGAAAUCGAAAAAUAUCCUACUGGCUAUUUGAUCACUUUCGUCGCGGAGGACACAUUCGCUGAUACCUAUUUUAAUGUGAAUGCUGAUAAACCGGGAGUAGCUUAUCCAUUUUGUGAGCAGCGGCCAGUAUAAAUCAUUUGAGUGAGAGCAUCUUUUGGCUUUUGGUUUGUUCAAAAUUACACUUAAAAUGCUCUGUUGAAUAAAAUAAUUGGCAAA